AGCCGCUUUCCGAGGAUGCCGCGUACCUCCGCCGGAGCGCGAGCCGUGCUGCUGAGCGCGCUGCUGUGCCGCCUGGCCGCCGCCGCCGGCAACCCAGAACUACCAACAGCAGUUAAUAUAACUUGGUCUUCAGUCAAUUUUAAAACCAUACUAAAAUGGCAACCAAAACCAUCGGGUUACUUCUACACCGUGGAAAUACAUGGACAUCUGAUACCAAAAAAAAAAUGCAUAAUGACUACAGAAACAGAGUGUGAUGUUACUGAUGCACUGCGGAAUGUAAAGGAGACCUAUACAGCACAUGUAUUAUCUGUAAAAUCCUUGGUGGAGGAUAACUUUGAAGAACCACUUUUUGCGAGCUCUGAAAAAUUCACACCUUAUAAUCAGACCAUUAUUGGAAAACCAAAGAUCCAAAACCACACACAAGAAGAUUCCAAACUGAACGUUGUGUUUCAAGAUCCACUUACACCAUAUAUGUUUCCUAACGGAAGCUUUCAAAGUGUUCGAGAUAUUUUCAAACAUGACCUGGAAUACAAACUCUAUUACUGGAAAGAUCAAAGUUCUGGAAAGAAAGAUGCAACAACAAAAAGCCAUACGUUUGAUAUAAGCAUUGACAACAAAAAUAACUACUGCUUCUACAUCCAGGGAAUCAUUCCCUCUCGCAGAGAAAAUCGUAAUGGUCAAGAAAGCAUGGUGCUUUGUACCACUGUAGAAAGAACUGCUUUAGAUGAAUACGGAGCAGAAGUCUUUAUCAUCAUAGCAGUGGUGGCAAUUGCAGUCAUUGCUCUCGCCAUUAUCCUAGCAGUGAUCCUGUGCAAACGCAAGAAAGCAAAAACUGCACGAGAAAAAGAACCACUUAAUGGUGUCUAAGGAAAAACUAUUGUGGAUACUCGUGGAAGAUACAAAGGCAGAAAAAAAGAUGGAGCCGUUAGCCUCUCUCUGGUACAGGAAAUUUGAAGCUAAAACUUUUGGUGGACUCAAAGAUCCAUUAGACAGUGACAGACUAAAAAAGAAAAAAGCCACAGAUAUCAGGAAGGCCCUGUCUCCAGUGUCUGAGGCUGGAAGAAUAUUGUGGUGACCGAUGACAAGAUGAUUACCCUACUCACGCAUUUUUCUCAGCUAGAAUCAAAUGAAUCUCUGAUUUGGCCAAGCACUCCGAAAGUAUAAGAUUCACUGAGCCAGCAGUCUUACGGUACUCAUGAGGGGAAGAAACACUGCAUUUGAAAAAUAUGUCCUUUGCUAAUGAAAAGGACCAUUUUUCUGUUUCUAUGAAACAAAACCUCUACUUAUCUGACUUUCUUAUGAUAUUAUUAACUGGUGAAAUGAUCUGUUAGUUCAGAUGGUACGAAGAAGCUAUUUCUGCACUUCUUGGAUAAAACUAUCUUGGUUUGUUUAUCUUUGGGUGUACCCAAUCAGUGCUAAGCAAACAAAUUAAGUGUAUUGGUGACCACUAAUUAAUGCUCUUGCACUAGAUAGCUGCUAACCAUAUGGGAAGCAUAUCUGGAUUACACUACACCUACAGUUCCACAGACAUGGUAGCCUGUUGGUCCCAAGUAAGUGUUAGGGUAAACACUUCACAGUUUGAGGGACUAGUAACUCACUUCAGGCAAACACUGAGUAAGUAGCAGUAGUUACUGCAUUUUGAACUUUAUUCAAAAUAAAUGGUAAAUCAAUAGUUUAUGUACUAUAGAUUCAAAUAAUCUUGGUGGUGGGAUUCAGAGGUACCUUUUGCUAUGACUGUUUUAAUAUUUAUUUUAUAGAUGACAAUCUAAUUUUUAUACUGGUGAUACCUGUAUUUAUAGUAAUUUAUACUUUUCUAGUGAAAUAAAGGUGACUGGGAAAACAA